AUUAUUUAUUAUAUUCUGAGGAAACCAAGGGAUUCCAACAAUCUUACAAGUUUAAAUAUAUAAAUAACUAUUGAUUAAAAAAAAAAUAAAUCGAAAAAGUGCAAUAAAGAUGGAGUCAACCAAGAAUAAGAAAUAUUCUAGAUCGUUUCCUGAUACUGACGGUGACGAUAUAGUAAUAUCCGGAAUGGCAGGAAAAUUUCCUAACUGUCGCAACAUAACAGAAUACCAAUAUAAACUAUACAACAAGAUUGACAUGGUUGACGAUGAUGAACGCCGAUGGCGUCAUUUUAAUCCGGAGAUACCAAAAAGAUCUGGAAAAAUUUGUGAUCUUGAAAAGUUUGAUGCAACCUUCUUUGGAGUUCAUUUUAAGCAAGCGCACACAAUGGACCCGCAAACCCGUAUUCUAAUUGAGACAGCUUAUGAAGCUGUUAUAGAUUCUGGAGUUAAUCCAAAAAGUCUCCGUGGAUCGAAAACUGGAGUGUACAUAGGCUCCUGUAUAUCUGAAUCUGAAAAAACUUGGUUUUAUGAAAAGGUUUCUUCUGGCGGGUUCGGAAUCACUGGCUGUAGUAGAGCUAUGAUGGCUAAUAGAAUUUCGUAUUGCUUAGGACUAGAAGGUCCUUCAUUUUUACUUGACACAGCUUGUUCUAGUUCUAUGUACGCUUUAGACAAUGCAUUCAGCGCUAUUCGAAAUGGCGAAAUUGACGCGGCAAUUAUAGGUGGAUCUAAUUUACUACUUCACCCAUUUGUGACUCUUCAAUUUGCACGCCUUGGCGUUUUGGCGCCAGAUGGGUUUUGUCGUCCCUUUGAUAAGAAUGCGAGUGGUUAUACUCGAUCGGAGACAAUUAAUUGCUUAUUCUUACAAAAAAAAAAACAUGCUAAACGAGUUUAUGCAAGCAUUGUUUAUUCUAAAACCAACUGUGAUGGAUACAAGCCUGAGGGUAUCACAUAUCCGUCAGGUAUUGUGCAAGAGAAGUUGCUUGACCAGUUUUACAAGGAUAUAGAUCAUAAACCAAGUGACUUAGGCUACUUGGAGGCUCACAGUACAGGAACAGUAGUCGGUGACCCAGAAGAAUGCAAAGCCAUUGAUAAUGUUUUAUGUAGUCAAAGGGAAGAGCCAUUGUUAGUUGGCUCUGUGAAGUCAAAUGUUGGUCAUUCCGAAGCAGCUUCUGGAAUCUGUUCCUUAGUAAAAGCUUGCUUUGCUUUUGAAACUGGCUUAAUUGCUCCAAAUAUAAACUUUACGGAGGUAAAACAAAUUAUUGCACCCUUGGCAGAGGGUAGGUUGAUUGUAGUAAAAGACGUAGUACCUCUACCAAAACCCUAUAUUGGGAUAAACUCCUUCGGGUUUGGCGGAGCUAAUGCACAUGCACUUUUAAAAGGUUACCCAAAGUCAAAAAAUAAUUUUGGAAUACCAGCAGAUGAUGUGCCGCGGCUACUUACAUGGGCAGGAAGGACAGAGGAAGCUGUUGAAGAGAUUUUUAAUGCAGUAGAGAAAAAUCCGUUGGAUGCCGAGUUUAUUGGAUUGCUUCAAAAUAUACAAGAGGAAGAUGUGUCUGGUAUGGUAUUCCGGGGGUAUGCAAUUUUUGCCAAGCAAGGUACUGGACCAUGCAAGUUAUUGGCAAAAGAUGUGCAGCAUUACACUGGCCUUCAGCGCCCAAUUGUCUGGGUUUAUAGCGGAAUGGGAUCACAAUGGAACCAAAUGGGAAAUUCGUUGAUGAUAAUACCUCGCUUCCGGGAAUCAGUCGAAAUUUGUCACCAAAUAUUAUUGGCAAAAGGCCUUAAUCUUAUACAUAUAUUAACAUCAAAUGAUCCGGAAGUAUACCAAAAUAUUUUGAAUUCGUUCGUGGGAAUUGCCGCUGUACAGAUCGGGUUAACAGACGUCUUACGUUCUCUAAACAUUCAGCCAGACUACAUUAUUGGUCACUCUGUAGGUGAAUUAGGGUGCGCAUAUGCGGAUGGUGGUCUGACUGCUCAACAAAUGAUAUUGGCAGCCUACUAUAGAGGAAGAGUUAGUGUGGACCUCGAAAAAAUAAGAGGUUCAAUGGCAGCAGUCGGUCUUGGCUAUAAAACUGUUCUCCACAUGCUGCCGAAGUCCAUUGAAACGGCUUGUCAUAAUGGCCCGGAUUCGUGCACAAUAUCUGGUCCAGUUGAUGAUGUUGCCCAAUUUGUAGCUGAUUUAAAAACAAAGGGCAUUUUUGCAAAGGAAGUGCCCUGCUCAAAUAUUGCAUAUCACUCAAAAUAUAUUUCGCAUAUGGGGCCGCCAUUACUUAAUUAUAUGAAUGAAAUAAUCCCACACCCUAAACCUAGAACUAAGAAAUGGCUGAGUACAAGUGUCCCUAAAAUCGACUGGAAUAAGGAUAAAGCAAAGUUUUGUUCUGCAGAAUAUCAUACGAAUAACCUCUUAAAUAGUGUACUUUUUGAUGAAACAUUUUCGUUAAUACCUAAAAAUUCGUUGACUAUUGAAGUGGCGCCUCACGGACUUUUAGGAGCAAUUCUUAAAAGGUCAAUGCCUAGUGGUGUACAUAUUCCUCUAACGAACAGGGGUAACCAAAAUAAUGCAUCAUUUUUCUUGUCGGCGCUUGGGAAAAUAUAUUUAAAUGGAGUUUUACUACCGGCUGCAAACUUAUAUGAAAGAAUACAGUUCCCUGUUUCUCGAACAACGCCCAGUGUAAGCUCGCUUAUUCGCUGGGAUCAUAGUGAGGACUGGUUCGUAACAAAGUACGAGAAUAUGAAAACAAAGUCCAGCGGAGAACGUGUGUUUUCAGUUAAUUUAGCGAGCGAUAACGAAGAGUUUUUGAGUGGACAUAUUAUAGAUGGAAAAAUUCUUGUACCAGCUACAUGCUAUCUUCAGUAUGUCUGGGAAACAUUUUCACUUAUGUACCAUGGGCCGAGUUAUAUGGAUGUACCCGUUGAAUUCGAGGAUAUACGUUUCAUAAGAGCAACCAGUAUGCCAGUUGAUGGUAAAGUGGACUUAACAGUUAUGAUUCACUAUGGCACUGGCCAUUUUGAGAUAACAGAAAUGGGCAGCUUGGUAGUUACCGGUAUUAUCCGUGAGACUGAAAACCCAUCUAUUCCCGAGGUUUAUAAUUUCCAAAGUAAAUCGAAAUUUCCCAUGAUUGCCAAGAAGGAUUUCUACAAGGAGCUAAAACUGCGUGGUUAUCAUUAUAAUGGCGCAUUUCAAGCCGUUAAUUUGGCCCGUUCAGAUGGUUUGUUUGGACGUGUCCAGUGGAAUUAUAAUUGGGUUACCUUUAUGGACGCAAUGCUUCAAAUUCAAAUACUAGGAACUGAUUCACGAAAUCUUUUAUUACCCACCAAAAUUCGGAAACUUAAGAUAAACGGUGUGCAUCAUUUUGAUUUAAUGACCAAAAUGGAUCCUGAAAAUCGAGUUUUUGAUGUGUAUGUGGACCCCAUGUAUGAUCGGAUCAUAGCGGGUGGAAUAGAAAUUUUCGGGCUACAUGCAAGUCUUGUGCAAAGACGAAGACCUCCUGGAAUUCCAGUUCUGGAGGAAUAUGUAUUUCUCCCAUUUUUUUCGUCAUCUAUUCUUUCCUUAAAAAAUGCGGCCCGUGUUUGCGUUCAAAUCGCUAUUGAGAAUAAUCCCACCCUAAAAUUAAAGUUGGUAGAGGUUGGAGCUGAUGGUAAAAAUCACAUGUUAACUGAAUUUAUUGAAGCAAUUCAAGACUUACCUGUUAUAACUGGUGAUUAUAUCCUCUUAACAUCUCAAAAUCUGGAAGAUUUACCUGGAGUUCAUAUCGAAAAUGGUAGUUUGUCUACUCAAACAAAUUGUCAUAUUAUUAUAAUAGGUGGCUACGAAGAAGACGAAGUACAUGAGAAAAUUACGUCCGCUUAUAAUGUACUAGUCGACAAUGGGUAUAUUGUUUUCCGACAAAAGUGUGCGAAAAAUGUGUCUUGUAAAAUAGCGGAAAAAUUUCGUACCAUUUCAAAAAUUCCGAUUAAUAAUACUGAAGAAAAUUUGGUCCUAUUGCAGAAAAUAUCUAAAAAACUUACAGUGCCCCCAGUUUUAGUAAAAGUAUCUCAACACGAUAAAACAUUUGAGUGGAUUUUAGAGUUGCAGUCUGCAAUUAUCACAAAAGCCCCAGUUGUUGUGUAUUCUUUUAACGAGAAGUUGAACGGACAGAUUGGUCUUGUAAACUGUUUGCGAAAAGAACCUGAUGGUAAUUUGAUAAGGUGCUUCUUUAUUGAUGAUGACAGUGCACCAGAUUUUGACUUAUCUCACCCGUUUUAUUCGACCCAGUAUUCGUUGGGUUUGGCAUUUAACAUCUAUCGCAAUGGUUCUUGGGGAAGCUAUAGGCAUUUGCAAUUGCUCAAAAAUGAUCAGCCAUCGAAGAGACUAGAUCACAUUUACGGAAACGUCAUUCAACGAGGAGAUUUGUCGAGCUUGCAAUGGCUAAAAGGGCCUUUUAAUUCACAAAACUGCCACAUUAAAAUAGCUUUCUCUUCCUUAAAUUUUCGAGAUGUAAUGCUUGCAACUGGUCGGCUAGCAGUUGAAUUAUAUGGUUCAAGCCGAAUAGAUCAAAACUGUGUUUUGGGGUUUGAGUACUCUGGCAUUAACAUGUUAACUGGACGUCGAAUAAUGAGCAUGGUCGUAAAAGGUGGUGUAGCUUCCUAUGUAGAAAAGCCAUCAAAACUUAUUUGGGAUAUUCCCGACGACUGGUCGUUAGAAGAGGCCGCUACAGUGCCAGUGGUGUAUAUAACGGUAUAUUAUGCGUUCUUUAUGGCAACUGAUAUCCGCAAAGGUAAAAGCAUUCUUAUACAUGCUGGUACUGGAGGCAUUGGUUUAGCCGCGAUCAGAGUGGCAUUAGCUUAUAAUUUGGAGGUUUUUACAACGUGUAGUACUGCCAAUAAAAAGGAAUUUCUAUUAAAAACAUUUCCGAAACUUAAAGAGUCCCACAUUGGAAAUUCACGAAAUACAUCAUUUGAGCUUAUGGUGCACCGUGAGACGAACGGAAAAGGGGUGGACUUUGUUUUGAACUCAUUAUCCGAAGAAAAGCUGCUGGCAUCAUUGCGCUGUCUUGGAAAGUCAGGACAUUUCUUGGAAAUUGGAAAAUAUGAUAUGGCCAACGAUAACAAGAUUGGAUUGGGUUGCUUUUUAAAAGAAAUUACUUUCCACGCGGUCCUGGCUGAUAGUCUUCUUGUGGCACCUGAUGAAGAUAUUUGGCAUUUGAAAUCCCUAAUUGACAUGGACAUUUCUAAUGGAAUUAUUCAACCAUUACCCGUUAAAGUGUUCCUGGCUCAUGAAAUUGAACAGGCUUUUAGACAUUUGAUAGGUGGAAAACACAUAGGAAAAGUUGUUAUUCAAGUUCGUGAACAGCCCCACGAUCCAUCAACUUUACCUGUCCGCGUUCUUAAUCAAGUUUAUUUUAAGCAUAAUCAUACUUAUGUCAUUCCUGGUGGCCUAGGAGGUUUUGGAAUGGAAUUGGCUGAUUGGAUGGCGAUACGUGGAGCUCGAAAACUUUUGCUUAGCUCUAGCCGCGGAAUUACAAAAGAUUAUCAGUUAUAUAGAAUUGCGCUUUGGAAAACCUAUGGCUGCGAAGUCGCUAUCAGCACCGCAGAUAUAACAUCAAAAAAGGGAUGCGCCCAACUACUGUCUGAAGCUAAUGGUAUGGGCCCAGUGGGAGGAAUUUUCAAUCUUGCAGUUGUGUUAAAGGAUUGCAUUUUUUCAAACCAAAAUGUAAACCAAUUUUUAGAAUGCUUUGCACCAAAAGCUAUCGCAACGACAUACCUAGACGACCUAUCUCGAAUUUAUUGUCCCGAGUUGGAACACUUCGUAGUUUUUUCCAGUGUGUCUUGUGGUCGGGGAAAUGCAGGCCAAUCAAAUUAUGGGAUGGCUAAUUCAGUUAUGGAACGUAUAAUUGAGCACCGUAAUAGAGAGGGCUUUCCAGGUAAAGCUAUUCAAUGGGGUGCAAUCGGUGAAGUGGGCUUGGUAGCAGAUAUGGCAGAGGACAAAAUUGACAUGGAAAUAGGCGGUACCCUUCAACAACGAAUUUCAUCAUGCAUUCAGGAACUGGACCAUUUACUUUGCGCUGAUGCAUCAAUCGUUUCAAGCAUGGUCGUCGCCGAAAAACGCACUAUGCGGUCUGGUCAGGGAAAUGUUAUUGACGCCGUCAUGAAUAUAAUGGGUAUACGAGACUUAAAAUCAGUUUCGUUAAGUACAACCCUUUCAGAAAUGGGUAUGGACUCUUUAAUGGCUGUUGAGAUUAAGCAAACUUUAGAACGUGAUUUCGAGUUAAUUUUGACUCCGCAAGAUUUACGACAUCUUACUUUUCAAAAGCUCCAAGAGUUCAUUGACGCUAAGGAAAAAGAGAAUACAGAUGGUAUACAAAUAAUAUUUGCUUCCGACAAUAAGCUCUUGGGAAUGGAGCUAUUGAUUCGCAACUUAGGCGAUGAAGCGAACUGUGAUCAAAUAAUUAUCCCCCUCCAGACAUCUGCAGCUCCCUCAAAACAGAACCUUCAACCAAACAUUAUUAUUCCUGGAUUAGAGGGUACAGCAGGUCGUGCAUGGUACCAAUUAGGAUCAAAGCUGCAAAGCCCAGCUAUUGUUUUACAGCUUCAUCAGUUUGCACACUUGGAAAAUCUUAAAGAUGUGGCACAGCAAAGCUUUGAUCAAAUUAAACUCAUUUUAAAGCAAACGGAACCCUUUUAUAUAAUUGCAUACUCCUAUGGAACCUUUGUAGCUUUACUGCUUGCUGAGAUGCUCGAAAAUUCUGGGUUCCGUGGACAUUUAAUGCUAUUAGAUGGGGCACCACAUUUUUUAAAACGACUUACCAAUCUGCAUUUGGGCGAACAAUUUUCUGAUAACGACCUUUAUGAUCUUCUUUUUUCUAGUAUUGUUAAUCAUAUAUUUCCAGAAGCAUCUAAGGAAUCUAUGUCCACAGUCUUUCACCAAGUUGACUGUCUCUCAGAUAAAAUGUCUCUUUUUAUGAACUAUGUUGAAAAACAAAAUAUGUACAGCAAAAAAUACUCUUCGACAAUGGUAAAAGCCAUGUUCAAUAGAGUAAAAAUGGCAGCAUCAUUUGAUUUAGAUGGUAUAAUAAAAAUUAAAUCACCAAUUACUUUAGUCAGGCCGGCUGAGGCUUCAUUGCAAGAUAUUGAUGAGGACUACUGCAUUUCGUUACUUACAUCUGGGGUGGUAACACUGAAAGUAAUAGAAGGAAAUCAUACAACUAUGUUAGAUAAUCCAUCGUUAAGUCAGAUAAUUGAUGAUUUUGAUCCAGUACUUCUGGAAGAUAAACAUUUUGAAGAAUAUAUAAGAAAUGACAAGCCGGUUUCAGUAGUAUAAUAAGUAAUUAUAUAACUUUCAGCUGUUCCACUUGAUUUCAAUUAUUUAUUUAUGUAACUUACUUAUACUUAUAAUGUAACAAAUAAAUUUCAUCUGUAAAC